AUGGAGUCUUAUAAAUUCUGGAAGGAUGAAGGUUUGUCCAUGGGACUCUCAAAUAAAGCUCUUUUGAACUUUAUAGAGAAGAAAAUCAAAGAUAGUGAUGAGUGUGAUGAAAGAUAUGCUGAAAGAGAAGAACGGGCUCUGAAGAUUAAAUUCGAAGAAAAUGAUAAGCAGAGGGCACAUGAACUUGAUUUGCAAAAGAUCAGAGGAGCAACAUCUAACACUAGCCAUGUGACAGUUGUUGUGGAUACUACUAGACCUCUUCCUUUUUGUGAUACUGAUGAUAUCACCGCCUACCUAGUAAGGUUUGAAAAGGUAGCAGUUUCUCUCAACUGGGAUCGGAACUCUUGGUCAGCUCAGUUAGCAUCACUUUUAAGAGGAAAGGCAUUAGAUAUCUACACGUCGCUCUCAGAUGACGUUACGAGUGACUAUGCAUCAUUGAAGGAAGCUCUUUUGAAAGGAUUCAAGAAGACUAGUGAGUGGUACAGGACAGCAUUUAAAACUGCAAAAAUGGAUUCCAAGAGCACAUAUGAACAAUAUUUGAAUAUAUUAUUUCGAAAUUUUGACUUGUGGAUGAAUAGUCUUAGGAUAACUAAAGACUACAAAGAUUUGAGAAACAUUAUAGUCUGUAAUCAGUUCAUGUCUACUUUACCUAAGGAAAUGCGUCUUUUCCUUAAGGAGCGUAAACCUAGAACUCCAGAGGAUUAUUCAUCAUUGGCAGACACAUAUGCUUCAGCACACAAAUGUUAUCCUAAGGAUGAGCAGAAGUCCUUUAGGCACAAUGCUAAUGUAUCUAGUUCCAGUGACAAGAUCAGUAUGAGUGAGAAACCAGAGAAAGCUAAUUCGUCACGUCCAGGUAAGAUUUCAUGUUACGGUUGUGGUCAGAGUGGACAUAUUUCAAGAAACUGUCCUAACAAGUUACCCAAAAAGAAAUCUGAAUCUUCUCUUGAGAUAGGACAAGUUCUGGAUAACACUGGAGUAUGUGGACCUAUGGUAUGUGGAACAGUGAAUGGUACUACAGUAUCUACAAUACUUAGAGAUACAGGUUGUACAGGAGUAGUGGUAUCAGAGGAUUUAAUUCCUGAUCCUGGAACAAAUUGUUCAUAUUCUACUCUUUUUGAUUAUUUGGGCAGGAAGGACAGAUUCCCUAUUGUCAAGAUUUAUUUGAAAUGUAAUCUCUUUACAGGUUGGGUUAAUGCUGUUUGGGCUCCAAAAAAGUACUGUACUGUCUUAUUAGGCAAUAUUCCAGGUGUUCAAGACCAUAAUUUGUUUCCUCUGAAAAAUACGGAUUCUUCCAUAGAAGUAAAUGCAGUAACAAGAGCACAGGUAAAAAGGAGAAAUAUUGUACACCCUCUUUCUUUACCAGAACCAUUUGAUAUACCCAUUGAUCAUGAAUCUUUUCUUAGAGAACAGCAGAAUUGCCAGGCUUUGAAAUAUGCAAGAGAAAUGAGUCGGUCUGGUGAUGUCAAAUGUUGCAAGAAUGGGUUGCAGUAA